UUUGACUGUAGGUGGCACCAGGUUUCACUACGAAUAUUACUUUGCCGGAAACACGUUUGAACCGAAGAAGAGAAGAGAAGAGCAAUAGGAGGCAACAAUCGUGUUUAAACACCGCAGACAAAACUCGUCUAUUUCCACAAUGCUUCCCUUAUCUCUGUUAAAGACUGCCCAAAAUCAUCCUAUGCUGGUGGAACUGAAGAAUGGAGAGACGUAUAACGGUCACUUAGUCAGCUGUGACAACUGGAUGAACAUAAACCUGAGAGAAGUCAUCUGCACCUCCAGGGAUGGAGAUAAAUUCUGGAGGAUGCCCGAGUGUUACAUCAGAGGCAGCACCAUCAAGUAUUUGCGAAUCCCGGAUGAGAUCAUUGAUAUGGUAAAGGAGGAGGUGUUGUCAAAGGGACGUGGUCGUGGUGGCGCUCAGCAAAACAAACAGCAGGGCAAAGGAAGGGGAGGCAUUGGCAGAGGUGUGUUUGGUGGUCGUGGGCGAGGCAUGGGUGGAGCUGGCCGGGGCCAGCAACAGCAGGAUAAGAAACCAGGCAAACCCCAGGGGAUGAAGAACCAGCACUGACAGAAAACACAGGCUCAUCGGCAGCACUUCUUUUUAUUUACAGACGUUUUUGUUUUUUAUCCUUUACUUCAUGAAGAAAAAGGUGUUUUCUUGUGUUUAAAUCUCUGUCACGACUGGUCAUUGCAGACGUCACAGUAGGAGGGUUUAAUAAAAGCUGUGCACUAAUUUUUAUUAUUUUUUAAGUAUCUUUAUCAGCCAGCUUAUUCAGCAGAGCUCAGAGACUUGUGUUCAUUUACCACACACCUAUUUAAUGCUUCAACAAAUGGCUUGUCUUCAUUUGGUACACUGGAAUGAGGCUCUUGGUUUUGUUUUGUUUUUCCCCUCAUCUUUUUACAUGGUUUUGUCUGACAAAGCAACAGCGCCCUCUGUAAUAUGUUUUAUGUGUUAAUUAGCUUUUUAUUCCUUUGCUGUUUGUGAUAAAACUCAUGUUUUCAACUCUUUGUGUUGCUGUACAUUAAAUGAGGUUAACAGCAAACACACCGUCUCCAGAUGUGGAUCCUUCCUCUGAUGUUGUUCACCUCUGCUCAGAUGAGUCUUUGAUAGUAACAAAAAAAAAAUCAUGUCAAAUGUUCCAACAUUUGUCAAGUCUGUUGGACUUUUUGUAACAAAACACCUUGUUUAUUUGCAUGAGAAUAAAACAACUUUUGUUAAAGCA